UAGACAGUGAUUAAUGGUCAAUGAAUGGAUCAUUGCAUAAAAUUGUAAAAGUGUUCUUCACAUUUUGGAAAUGUUUAAUUAUGUUAAAAUUGUGAAAUUGUAUAAAUCAUUCAGUGCUAAUAUAUUAUAAAUAAAAUGGAUGGUCUUAGCGUUGACUGGGGGUCUGGAGGACCUUGGUUACCUGCUUAUGGAUUAAUUGGUGAUGGCGGUCUUUUUCUGCCUCCGCAAUGUGCCCUUUUAGAGACAAUACUUGAAGAAGAAGACGAAUGUGAAGAGAGCGACUCCUGCUCCGACGACUGCAGUUCUGGUGAAGAUGAAGAAGAAAGUUGCUCGUCCUCCGGUUCACCAGGAAACGAUGGCAAUCACUCCGAUUGGGGCGGUUGGGGUGGUUCAUCUGCUUCUGAUGCCCAGAGUGUUAUACAUAUUGAACCUGAAGGUGAUACCAGCCUUACACUUGAUGAACAAAUUGAUGAUAGUGGUUCAGAACGCGACUUCGUAUGCCCUGCAAAACGACGCCGCUGCAUGUUUGACCAACCUCCGCCUUAUUACGCCUCACACGAUCAAGUCCAAUCAGUUUAUAACAACACAAGUUGCUGCCAAAGCGACGAGGAUGCACGUUCAUUCACGUCCCUCAGUAGAAGCAGCAGUUUGCUGCAAUUUGAAUCGUUGGAAAGACAGCUACUGCAACAAAGUAGCGAAACAAUUCAGCAGUGCGGUAUCGAUCUUACGGAUGGUUUGUUGACUUCUGGACACGAAAAAGAACAAAACAAUAUUAUAGAUUCGACUAGCGAAAGUUCAGAUUCAGAACUUUCUGAUGCUACAGUCCAUUCCAAGACUGAUGACCGCCUGGCGCCUUUGCACGAAGUUACAAAAGUUAUUCAGCAACGCUCCGCUGAGAACUUGAGUGAAGAUUCCGGAUAUUGCGAUGGCACUUGCAACUUUGUGAAACUAGCGAAGUCUAAAUCAAUCCCUUGCUUUAAUAAAUACGGCGUCGCCACGUUCAACGCUUACAAUGCUGCUGUAAAACAGUCUGUAGAUUUUGCAGGACAGUUCGGCGCAGAAGGACGCUACCGCAGGCGAUGCAGAAGUUUUGAAGAUGUCACAUUGGAACCUGACAUGUCGACGCGAGUUUUAAAUAUAGACACGGCUCACGAACGAGCGCGUAAAUCUACGACGGCGACAACAAGCAUGUCCGUAGCCAAGAGCGCGACGUCUUCGAAGGCCAGAAAUAAACGCACAGGCGUUUCCUUAAGUUCGCCCUGUUUGCUUCGAACUUUUGCGGAUUUGAAUUUGGGACGAGUUUUAAGGAGUUCUUGGAGAAGGCGAGAUUUCAACCGCCAGCUAGAUCGAUUGCAACUUCUCGAUAAUACGUACAAACGCAUACAUGAAGAAGAACAUAGCGGAUAUCAUUUUGAAGAUUGUGUGAAGGUGUCUAGUGUGCCAGAGGAUCUAAAUCUAUGCGGAGAUGACGCUAGUUGUGAUUGGUCUUUAUUUACAAGCGCUAGUAAUUCCAUAGCAGCAAAAAAUUUCGACUUAUAUGAUUUUAAUGAUAGAAAUUCUGUAAAUAAUAGUAGUGGGAGAACUCAUGCAUUUACUACGAGUUGUGCCGAUUUGACAGCUUUGGACUACGCGGAAACCCGGCGCUCACGAGUAUCUUCGUUUGCUACGUCAAUGAUGUCUACGCCCAAACGACCUGUUGCUACGCCUAGAGCUCGGAAAACAAUAUUUGAUGAAAUUUCAGAAAACUUUAAUAAGAAUGUAUCGAUUUUAACAGAUCGAGAAGUAAACAGUACUUAUGUUAUGCCAACAAAGACUUCAAAAGCUACCUUUGAUAUCGACCCGACCAAUUUAGUAACGUGUUAUGCCGAAAGUUUAGAGAGAUGCACAUUCCCUCUGGAUUCAUACGAUGACACGUCAUAUUCAAGCCGGUCUGAUGAUAAACAAUCUCAAUUUUCUAAUUCUGCUGUGUUCUUUCAUUCGACACCUGCAAAGAGAGAAUUUGUUGUCAGUACGCCAAAUCUAAAUUCAGCGGUUGCAGAGGAAAGAUUUAAAGAGAAAGUAUGCAAAGAGGAAUUACGAGCUUCCAUGCAGCAUGUGCCAAUUAAAGACGAACCCAUAAAACAGGGAAUUUUAGGAUCGAAAAAUCAAUCGACUACAUCUGUAGGUACCGGUAAAGGAGUGCAUUUUUGUCCUAUAGUUUCAGAAGUCAGUUGGAGGGAGCGAAGCUACUCAGAAGAUACGCAAAGAUCAGAUUCCUACGCGGAAUCUUAUAGCAGUGAAGAUGAACCGUUGUAUCAAAAUGUUUCGAAAUGUGAUAACAAGUCGCGCGAACGCGCUCCAUCGCCGCGACCGCAGACCAUUUAUCAGCAGCAACAACAACAACAACAACAACAGCAACAAUUGAAUUCGAUCGCGUCCGCUGCAAUAAUAACAAAGUCGCACGUGGCUCCCACAAUACGGGAUUAUAAAUCUGUGACGGAAGAUCCUCGUUUCGUGUUGAUUCGUCAGCCCGAUGUGCCUGUGCCCGUGAGCGGCUCAGAGGCGACGCGAUCCAGUACGACGGACGGCCGAGCGCGCCCGAGUGCAAGCGCAUUGUCCGCAACACCGCAAGAAGUGAUCACAACAAACGAACCGUCAGCGCGAGUAGUACAUGUGCUAGCCGUAAUAGACAAUACCGCGUCCGAUGCGAAAAGUGUAAGUAAAAAACGCAGUAAAAUGGACGCGAACACAGUGACCGCGAAAAUGACAACAGCUUUCCGUAAGCCUGUCAAAAAACCAAGUUUUCUCGCUCGAUUUACUAGUUUCCGUUUCUCUACGCGUAAGAAAAACAAUGACAUUUCUAACCAAACAAAAGCGAAUGAUUCGCAAGUGAUGAACAAAACGCAACAAGUGUUUCCGAAACAAGAUAACCCCGCGCCGGAAAGUGAUUAUAUAUACAUACCGUUGAAAGGUCCCGACGUUACGGACAAAAUCGAGUGUCAACAAAACGCACGUGACUUUGAACCCCCACUCAGCAAAGGGGUUGUAGUGUCUAGUAAGCCGCCCUUGCCGCGCCAACCCCCGCGAAUUGUCGGCGUUUGCGCGAAAAGGAGCAAAACCGAGCAGGCGCACAAUAAAUACGACAAUAAUUCCCCGAGAAAUGUUAUCGAUCCGAUAACAACAGUGCGGUUAGAAACGUCCUUAGACGACGAGCAUGGUUUAUCACGAAGGACCAUGGCUCGUAUGGUGGGUUUGAUAGAAACUGAUCUUGACACCCAUGAGACAGUCGUGUGUAAUGGAAAAGCGCGAAGUUUAAUCGAUCUAGGUGAAACGCAAAAUCGACAUAACCAUAACCAUAAUUUAUCCCUGGUGAACCAGCCGAACGCACAAAACACAGAACCGCCUAGACCGCACAAAUCCAUGGAGUUCUUAUUGGACAAGGAGAAUCAACGGGAAGCACUGCCCCCAGAGAAUGAACUGCAGAAAACAUCUUCAGCUUCGAUGUCCGAACAUCAGCUUCGCGUGCAGCGCUCGUUGCAGCGACUGGAUCUCCCAGACUGGUACAGGCAGAGUCAGGUGCCUCGCGAAGGAUUCCUGCUGAGAAAACGAUCAUCGCCUGAUUGCGACACAAGACCAUCAGCCAAUCGCUGGACUGGGUUGAACUCAAAAACAACAUCUUUAAAUUCCUUAGGCAGUGGUUGCAGGACCAGGGACGGAACCAAUAUAAUACAAGGACCGAAUGCAAAUUGCACUGGUUCAAGUGUUAAUUCUGGAGGUUACUUGUUGUCACCAUCGACGAACCGAGACUUCUGCAGGUGGUCUACCUCCAAAUUAAAUUCUUCACAAACUUCUCCAUCGAGCAGCGUUCGGAGCAGUUUUAGCAGUAGAACCACAGGUCCAGUGAUAACCAGCGCAGGCAGCAACUCGCUAAGAAGUAGUUUUAGACAACCCUAUAUGGGCUGGAGAAGCCAAGAAAAAUUGUCCAGGCCUAGAACACCAGCCGAAAGGUUGGCUAUAUCGAUGCCCCAACAACAGCAACAAAAACAACUACAAAAUCAGAAACACCAGCAGAACAACAAUAACAACAUUAUUUUAGAUGCUCAAACACCUGAAAUUCAAUCAUCAAUUAAAGAAGUGACAUCUGCAAUUGUCCACUACGUUUCGGACGCGCAUUCUCGUCUUCAGCAGGGGGCAAACGAUGCCUCUAAGCUGCCUCCACCGAGUGGAAGAUCUCGAUCGGCGAGUCCAAGUCAAAGGUUUUGUUGGUUGGAAUCUUCCUUUGUAGGAACUAGACCGUUGGAUUCUCCCCAAACGCCAACUUUGGCAAAAACUUUCGAAGAUUCGAACGAUUCGAGACGGGACUCCGGCUUAAAGUUAGAAUUGAGGCGGCCAGAAAGAUUGAAUAACGUGCACGUUUCUGAGUAUUCGCCAGCCGGAUCGUUGGAACCGUCGACUACGCCGGGCUCAGCCAGCCUGGAGGAUGUCCUGGCUUCGCUCCUGGGACUGCGGCCUUCUUCUGCUGCGUCGUCCUCGCACCAUGCGCCCGGGCUGUUGCCGGCAGGUACGCCCGACGUGUAAGUUGCAACCCAAAAUCCAUGUCAAAUUAUGUUGAACGUUACUCCCAGCAGUGCUCGGAAAUGAACAUGAAUGAAUGAAGAGUUGUAGAACUGGGGAUAAGCAUAGA